UGCCUGACCUUGUCUUUAUCUAGUGAACAUUACUUGUUUGUCAAACCCAUAUACACAACACUAAUACGUCCUAAAAUUUAAAUCAGAAUGUCACAAAGCUAUAUCAUAUCUGCUUCGUGACACGCCUUUCAACAUAAACACACGAACCUUAAACAAACUCUAUUCAUGGUUAUCAGAGCGCUGUGUUUCCCUGUGAGCUAGAAAUACAGUAAGAAUAUACUUCCUGGUGGGACGUGAGUAGGGUGGAGGAUUGAAGGAAGGUGGCUGUUACGCAGGCCAGGCUUGCCCUUCAUACUGUGCAAAACUUAUUCGAGUACACCAAACAUAAAGGCCAAUGGACAAGUUGUACACAUUUACAGCGUACCUCUACCUUGUCACCUGUAUUGCCACAACCUGUCCGGCCGGGUCACAGAUGAUCUGGGAAACAGACUUCAAUGGAUAUAGGAUUCACAUUUACGGAACAAUGGAAGGAUCUGAGAAGGCCAAAAUCCACGUGAAUGUUACCAUGUUGGCAGAAACAAAUACUGCGGAAAUAUGUUCCUCGAGAAAGUGCAAUGAGAACCAGCAUAUGCAGUUGAAUGACACAUGUGGUAUGAAAAUUGUCUACCGACAAACCUGCAACAUGUCAAACGCUUGUUACAGUGCAAUAUAUGAUUGGGUCAUGCCUCGAUGUCCUCCAACAAAUAAUAUUAUGAAUUGUGUUUUAGAUGGAGGCCCAACACGUGACAUAGCUUGGAUAAACUUUGUUUUCAAAUUUAAAGAUGGGAAUCAGUUGGCAAGAACAUGCAUAGGCCCAGGUGAAUUGCCGUGUUCCUGUACUGAAUGUCAAAGGACAGAUGCCUGUUGGAAGAAAUGCCUUAUAGGGUUUUUCAGAUGUGUCUGCGAGGCGGAAUCCAAGAAUUGCACACCACCAACCGAUACUAUGACAAAUGGUACCACAACCUCUGACACAAUCACAAGUACUACUACUACUAUUAGCAGCGAACCCACCAUUGCUGCAUCAUCUGGUCCAGCCAGCGACACUGCAGCCUCCACAAUAACUACUGAUACUACAGCAUCUGGCACACAAACUGACACACCUACCCCUGGUCCAGCGAGUGGCAAGACAACAUCCGACACACUUACUGGUACUGCAUCCCCUGCAUCCGGCACAGAUACUGCAACCCCUGGUCUAUCCAGCGGCAAAACAGCCUCUGGUACAACCACUGAUACAGCUUUUGCAGGAACAGAUGAACAAGUCGGAUCUCAGAUGGGAGUUCUCGUUGGAGGAGUCGUUGGAGGACUCUUUGGGGGCGUCGUCAUCACGGUUGUCAUCGUACUCCUUUGUCGUGCAUGUCGCUCAAGAAGAAGACAUACAGAAGAUGAAGACGGAGCAGGGACGAAGGAAUCCCACACCUAUCUGGGAUUGAUUCACACCACCAGUUCAAGUGGGAAAUCCUCCCCUGGUACAAAUGCGGUGACAUCCCAAGUCCCGGAUCUCAUUAAGGUUUCAGCUGUACAACAAGCGUCCAGUGCCCCGUCAGAUGUGUAUGACGUCAUCAAAGAGGGAGACGACAACCAGCUGGGGGUGGAUCCUUCUGCCUGCGACCAGGGGGACUAUGUAGACAUAACAGAUGACAUGACUGGGGCAGCUGUGUAUUCCCUGGCACAAGCAGCUCCCGGGAUGGCGGUACAGGGCGGUACACCACAACCUGCUGCAGAGUACUUUGUUCUGGAAAAGGAUGAUCCGACAGGCGGCGACUAUAACAAAUUGGUCAGAGAUGGCGCUACUAAGACAGGAACUGACGUACAUGGUACGUACAACAGACUGGUCAGAGAUGGCGCUGCUGAGACAGGAACUGAUGUGCAGGGCACAUACAACAGACUGGUCAGAGAUGGUGCUACUGAGACAGGAACUGAUGUGCAGGGUACAUACAACAGACUGGGCAGAGAGGGCGCUACUGAGACAGGAACUGAUGUGCAGGGCACAUACGACAGACUGGGCAGAGAGGGCGCUACUGAGACAGGAACUGAUGUGCAGGGUACAUACAACAGACUGGUCAGAGAGGGCGCUUCUGAGACUACAACUGAUGUGCAGGGGACAUACAACAAAUUGGGAUCAACAAAAUAUGAUAAUGAUGACAACGAGCCAGGUAGAAACAUCGGGACAGCUGCUGAUUAUUUCGUCCUAGAGACACCUGAAGACACAUCCAACAAACUGGCACAAGCAGCCCCGGGGAUGGCGGUACAGGACGAUACACCACCAUCUGCUGCUGAGUACUUCGUUCUGGAGAAGGAUGACCCGACAGACGGCGACUACAACAGACUGGUCAGAGGUGGCGCUACUGAGACUACAACUGAUGUGCAGGGUACAUACAACAAAUUGGGAUCAAUGGUAGAUGACAAUGAAGACAACAGCCCAGCUGGAAACAACGGUACAGCAGCUGAUUAUUUCGUCCUUGAGAAACCAGAAGACACGUACAACAAACUGGAAGGGAAACGCUCCACUGAGGAAGAACAAGAACCCUACACCAAACUUGGAGAGGCGACACCCAAGAGAGAAUCAGAACCCCCUGAUGAUCCAUGUGGACCUUCACGAGAGUACUUCAUUCUGGAGGAUCAGACUUAACCCCACAGUACAUGAUGUCACCUAUUCAGAUAUGAUUUGAACUUCUUAACAAUGGAUUAUACAUACCGGUUGGCUCUAGACAAUGAAGAACACGAUUGGAACCUCAUUUCAUGUAUAGGAUACAUUUACCUGAGAAUAUAUCUUGUCCACAGAUGUCAGAUUCACGUUGACUGAAUAACAGAGUUGGAGUUGAUCGAUGUCCUUUGCCAACCUUGAUCACCUGACUUUUUUUCAAUGGACAUAUUUCAGUGACACCCAUGGGGAACCAUGGCUUCUGUGUUUGCACUAUUAGACACAAAUCGGUUGAACAUAUUUUGUGCAGAGUUGCGUCCCUUGGGCACGCCAGAAACAUAUGGGCUCGAAUCUCGGUUCGCCCCGAUUGUUUCUUGGUUUGUCAGCACCAUACCCUUGCUCGUGGGUUUCAAAGAAGUGGUAAACGUCAGAGACCUGCAUAACUUCGGGCUUUACUCCCACAUUAAGCUGACACAUCGCGAUAUAACUGGCAAACUGUUAAAAGCGGCGUUUAUCACAACCCACUCACCAUUAACAUUUCAUGUGAUUAUCAACUCAUUCAAUAUGACACGCCGCGAUAUAACUGGAAUACUGUUAAAAGCGGCGUCAAACCCAACUCACUCACUCAUUCAACAUUAACAUGAAGUAGACAUGAACGUGUACAAUGAUGUCUGUACACAUUGUGUUCCUGAUAUUCGUUUUGUUUCCGUUGAUCAGAAUGAUCGUUUUUUAUUUUAUUGUAUUCCCUAUACACAUCCCAAAAAUAUGACACUGUUUCAUUUCAUAUAUGAUGAUGAUAUCUAGUUAAUAACCAAGCCAUUAUGUCACCUUGGCUCUACUUUAGGGCUUUACUGUUUUUGUUAUUUAACCAACUCCUAUUCACUAUCACCUCGAAUAAAUUUAUAUGAACA